AUGGAGCCAUUUCUGUCCAGGUUCCUCAUGAAGCAGGCGCUGCAGGGCGUGCCUGAGAACCCUGGGGUGAUGCUGAGUGGCACGUGCACACUGACACAGCUGGGUGGAAUACAGACUGUGACAGAGGCUGCAUGCAGGCCGAGGGCUCAGGAUAAGCAGCCCCAGGUACCGAGAUAUCCGAGUUUAAGAUCUCUGGGGACGCAGACCACCGAGCUGCAGGCUGCUGCCUGCACCCAGGACCUGGGCAGACCAGCGGGUGAGGCCGGCGCCCGGGAGGCCGCCGCCUGGCCGCGCUGCGCAUCGGGGGGCGCCCGGCAUGAGCUCGCGCCCGCGGCUGCGGCUGUGCGCCCGCGCCUGGCUGCCCGCGGCCCGCUGAGCCGAGCCGAGCGCACGGCGCACCUGGGCUGUGUCCGCGGCGCGGGGCGCGGCGCCCGGGAGCAGGUGUGCGGGGGCGCAGCAAGCGGGGAGCGCGGCUGGGCGGCUGGGCGGCCCCCGGGCAGGUGGCGGGCGGCGAGCGGAGCCGGGCCGGGCGCGGCGGAGCGCAGCGCAGCGCGGGGGGCGAGGCCGGCGCGUGGCUCGCUCGCUGGCUCGCUGGCUCGCGGGAGGCCGGGCAGCAGCAGGGGCAUGUGGAUACUGGCUCUCUCCUUGUUCCAGAGCUUCGCGAAUGUUUUCAGUGAAGAGCCCCACUCCAGCCUCUACUUUGUCAAUGCAUCGCUGCAAGAGGUAGUGUUUGCAAGCACGUCGGGGACACUGGUGCCCUGCCCAGCUGCAGGCAUCCCUCCUGUGACUCUCAGAUGGUACCUAGCGACGGGCGAGGAGAUCUACGAUGUCCCCGGGAUUCGUCACGUCCAUCCCAAUGGCACUCUCCAAAUUUUCCCCUUUCCUCCUUCAAGCUUCAGCACCUUAAUCCAUGAUAAUACUUACUAUUGCACAGCUGAAAACCCUUCAGGGAAAAUUAGAAGUCAGGAUGUCCACAUCAAGGCUGUUUUACGGGAGCCCUAUACAGUCCGUGUGGAGGACCAGAAAACCAUGAGAGGCAAUGUCGCGGUGUUCAAGUGCAUUAUCCCCUCCUCGGUGGAGGCGUACGUCACUGUCGUCUCAUGGGAGAAAGACACGGUUUCACUUGUCUCAGGAUCUAGAUUUCUCAUCACAUCCACGGGAGCCUUGUAUAUUAAAGAUGUACAGAACGAAGAUGGGCUGUACAACUACCGCUGCAUCACGCGGCACAGAUACACAGGGGAGACGAGACAAAGCAACAGCGCGAGACUGUUCGUGUCAGACCCAGCAAACUCAGCUCCAUCCAUCCUGGACGGGUUUGACCACCGCAAAGCCAUGGCAGGGCAGCGUGUUGAGCUGCCUUGCAAAGCACUUGGGCACCCCGAGCCAGACUACCGCUGGCUGAAGGACAACAUGCCCCUGGAACUUUCUGGAAGGUUCCAAAAGACAGUGACUGGGCUGCUCAUUGAGAAUAGCCGCCCCUCAGACUCAGGCAGCUACGUGUGUGAAGUAUCCAACCGAUACGGCACUGCCAAGGUGAUAGGCCGCCUGUACGUGAAACAGCCACUGAAAGCCACCAUCAGUCCCAGAAAGGUUAAAAGCAGUGUGGGCAGCCAAGUCUCCUUGUCCUGCAGUGUGACAGGAAACGAAGACCAGGAACUCUCCUGGUACCGAAAUGGCGAAAUCCUCAACCCUGGAAAAAACGUGAGGAUCACAGGACUCAACCACGCAAACCUUAUAAUGGAUCACAUGGUCAAGAGUGAUGGGGGCGCCUAUCAGUGCUUUGUACGCAAGGACAAGCUAUCUGCUCAAGACUAUGUUCAGGUGGUCCUUGAAGACGGAACUCCCAAAAUCAUUUCUGCCUUUAGCGAGAAAGUGGUGAGCCCAGCAGAGCCAGUGUCCCUCGUGUGCAAUGUGAAGGGUACACCCUUGCCCACGGUCACCUGGACCCUGGAUGAUGACCCCAUCCUCAAGGGCAGCGGCCACCGCAUCAGCCAAAUGAUCACGUCCGAGGGGAACGUGGUCAGCUACCUGAAUAUCUCCAGCUCCCAGGUCCGGGAUGGGGGUGUCUACCGCUGCACUGCCAACAACUCAGCUGGAGUCGUCCUGUACCAGGCUCGAAUAAACGUAAGAGGACCUGCAAGCAUCAGACCAAUGAAAAACAUCACUGCGAUAGCGGGGCGUGACACGUACAUCCACUGCCGUGUGAUUGGCUAUCCUUAUUACUCCAUCAAGUGGUACAAGAACGCUAACCUGCUUCCUUUCAACCACCGCCAGGUGGCGUUUGAGAACAAUGGGACUCUGAAACUCUCAGAUGUACAGAAAGAAGUUGAUGAGGGAGAGUACACUUGUAACGUGCUGGUACAACCACAGCUCUCCACCAGCCAGAGUGUCCAUGUAACAGUGAAAGUCCCACCUUUUAUCCAACCUUUUGAGUUCCCAAGAUUCUCCAUUGGACAGCGGGUCUUCAUCCCAUGUGUGGUGGUCUCAGGAGACUUACCCAUCACCAUCACCUGGCAGAAGGAUGGCCGGCCAAUUCCAGCAAGCCUCGGGGUAACCAUUGACAACAUUGACUUCACCAGCUCCCUGAGGAUCUCCAACCUCUCCCUGAUGCACAACGGGAAUUACACUUGCAUCGCGCGGAACGAGGCAGCAGCUGUGGAACACCAGAGUCAGCUGAUUGUGAGAGUUCCCCCUAAGUUCGUGGUACAGCCCCGGGACCAGGACGGGAUCUAUGGCAAAGCAGUGAUUCUCAAUUGCUCUGCAGAGGGUUAUCCUGUGCCUACAAUUGUGUGGAAAUUCUCAAAAGGUGCUGGGGUGCCCCAGUUCCAACCAAUUGCCUUGAAUGGCCGAAUCCAGGUCCUGAGUAAUGGCUCACUCUUGAUCAAGCAUGUUGUAGAAGAAGACAGUGGCUACUACCUCUGCAAGGUCAGCAACGAUGUGGGCGCAGACGUCAGCAAGUCCAUGUACCUCACGGUGAAAAUUCCUGCCAUGAUAACCUCUUACCCCAACACCACCCUGGCCACUCAGGGCCAAAGGAAGGAGAUGAGCUGCACAGCGCAUGGGGAGAAGCCCAUCAUUGUCCGCUGGGAGAAAGAGGACAGGAUCAUUAACCCUGAAAUGGCUCGUUACCUGGUGUCUACCAAGGAAGUGGGAGAGGAAGUGAUUUCUACUCUGCAGAUUUUGCCAACUGUGAGAGAAGAUUCUGGCUUCUUCUCCUGCCAUGCUAUCAAUUCGUAUGGGGAGGACCGUGGAAUAAUUCAACUCACAGUGCAAGAACCCCCAGAUCCUCCCGAAAUUGAGAUCAAAGAUGUCAAAGCUCGCACAAUCACACUCAGGUGGACCAUGGGGUUCGAUGGCAACAGCCCCAUCACAGGCUAUGACAUUGAAUGCAAAAAUAAAUCAGACUCCUGGGAUUCUGCUCAAAGAACCAAAGAUGUUUCCCCUCAGCUGAACUCGGCCACCAUCAUUGAUAUCCACCCUUCCUCCACCUACAGCAUCCGCAUGUACGCCAAGAACCGGAUUGGCAAGAGUGAGCCCAGCAACGAGAUCACCAUCACGGCAGAUGAGGCAGCUCCUGAUGGCCCACCUCAGGAAGUUCACUUGGAACCCACCUCAUCUCAGAGUAUCAGGGUUACCUGGAAGGCUCCCAAGAAACAUUUACAAAAUGGGAUCAUACGUGGCUACCAAAUAGGCUACCGGGAGUACAGCACAGGGGGCAACUUCCAGUUCAACAUCAUCAGUAUCGACACCACCGGGGACAGCGAAGUGUACACCCUGGACAACCUGAAUAAGUUCACCCAGUAUGGCCUGGUGGUACAGGCCUGCAACCGGGCUGGCACAGGACCUUCUUCUCAGGAGAUAAUUACCACCACCCUGGAGGACGUACCCAGCUACCCUCCCGAAAAUGUCCAAGCCAUAGCAACCUCACCAGAAAGCAUUUCAAUCUCCUGGUCCACGCUGUCCAAGGAGGCCUUGAACGGGAUUCUCCAGGGGUUCAGGGUCAUCUACUGGGCCAACCUCAUAGACGGAGAGCUGGGCGAGAUUAAGAACGUCACCACCACGCAGCCUUCCUUGGAGUUGGAUGGACUAGAAAAAUACACCAACUACAGUAUCCAGGUGCUGGCCUUCACCCGUGCAGGGGAUGGCGUCCGGAGUGAGCAGAUCUUUACCCGUACCAAGGAGGAUGUUCCAGGUCCUCCUGCCGGUGUCAAGGCAGCAGCAGCCUCGGCCUCCAUGGUCUUCGUGUCCUGGCUGCCCCCCCUGAAGCUGAACGGCAUCAUUCGGAAGUACACAGUGUUCUGCUCCCACCCCUACCCCACCGUCAUCAGCGAGUUUGAAGCCUCUCCUGACUCAUUUUCCUACAGAAUACCUAACCUGAGUCGUAAUCGGCAGUAUAGCGUCUGGGUGGUGGCAGUGACUUCUGCCGGAAGAGGCAAUAGCAGUGAGAUCAUCACUGUGGAGCCGCUAGCUAAAGCUCCUGCACGGAUCCUCACGUUCAGCGGGACAGUGACCACUCCAUGGAUGAAGGAUAUCGUCUUGCCUUGUAAAGCUGUUGGAGACCCAUCACCUGCUGUAAAAUGGAUGAAGGAUAGUAACGGGACACCCAGCCUGGUGACGAUUGACGGCCGUAGGAGCAUCUUCAGCAAUGGGAGUUUCAUCAUUCGGACGGUGAAGGCAGAGGACUCUGGCUAUUACAGCUGUGUUGCCAAUAACAACUGGGGAUCAGAUGAGAUCAUAUUAAAUUUGCAAGUACAAGUUCCACCAGAUCAGCCACGGCUCACCGUAUCCAAGACAACAUCCUCCUCCAUCACCCUCUCCUGGCUCCCUGGAGAUAAUGGUGGCAGCUCCAUCCGAGGCUACAUCCUGCAAUAUUCCGAGGACAACAGUGAGCAGUGGGGCAGCUUUCCCAUCAGCCCCAGUGAGCGUUCCUACCGCUUGGAAAACCUAAAGUGUGGGACGUGGUAUAAGUUCACCCUUACUGCCCAAAAUGGAGUAGGACCCGGACGUAUAAGUGAAAUCAUAGAAGCCAAAACUCUGGGGAAAGAGCCCCAGUUCUCCAAAGAGCAGGAGCUCUUCGCCAGCAUCAAUACCACCCGAGUGAGGCUGAAUCUGAUUGGCUGGAAUGACGGCGGCUGUCCAAUCACCUCAUUCACUCUUGAGUACAGACCCUUUGGGACCACGGUCUGGACCACAGCUCAGCGGACCUCCCUUUCCAAGUCCUACAUUCUGUAUGACCUGCAAGAAGCCACAUGGUAUGAACUGCAGAUGCGAGUGUGCAACAGCGCCGGCUGCGCAGAGAAGCAAGCCAACUUCGCCACACUGAACUACGAUGGCAGUACAAUCCCUCCACUCAUUAAGUCAGUUGUCCAAAGCGAAGAAGGGCUGACAACCAACGAAGGGCUCAAGAUCCUUGUGACCAUCUCCUGCAUCCUGGUCGGGGUUCUGCUGCUCUUUGUGCUUCUUCUGGUUGUGCGGAGGAGACGACGGGAGCAGAGGCUGAAGAGGCUGAGAGAUGCAAAGAGUUUAGCUGAAAUGCUCAUGAGCAAGAACACACGGACUUCAGAUACCUUAAGCAAACAGCAACAGACUCUGAGAAUGCACAUUGAUAUACCCAGGGCUCAGCUUUUGAUUGAAGAGAGAGACACAAUGGAGACCAUAGAUGACCGCUCCACGGUCUUAUUGACGGAUGCUGACUUUGGGGAGGCAGCCAAACAGAAGUCACUGACAGUGACUCACACGGUGCAUUACCAAUCGGUGUCUCAGGCCACCGGGCCCCUAGUGGAUGUCUCCGAUGCUCGGCCAGGAACAAAUCCCACCACCAGGAGGAAUGCAAAGGCUGGACCCACGGCAAGAAACCGGUAUGCCAGCCAGUGGACCCUCAACAGACCCCACCCUACCAUCUCAGCACACACCCUCACCACAGACUGGAGACUGCCUACACCCAGGGCUACAGGAUCUGUGGACAAGGAGAGUGACAGCUACAGCGUCAGCCCGUCACAAGACACAGACCGAGCAAGGAGCAGCAUGGUCUCCACAGAAAGUGCCUCCUCUACCUAUGAAGAACUAGCCAGGGCUUAUGAGCACGCCAAGAUGGAAGAGCAGCUGAGGCAUGCCAAGUUCACCAUCACAGAGUGCUUCAUAUCUGACACGUCCUCCGAGCAGUUGACGGCAGGGACAAACGAGUACACGGACAGUCUGACCUCCAGUACCCCUUCAGAAUCGGGGAUCUGCAGAUUCACUGCGUCCCCCCCCAAACCUCAGGAUGGAGGACGAGUGGUGAACAUGGCGGUUCCAAAGGCCCACCGGCCAGGUGACCUCAUACACCUGCCUCCAUACCUACGAAUGGACUUCUUGUUAAACCGGGGCGCACCAGGCACCAGCAGGGACCUGAGUUUAGGACAAGCGUGCUUGGAACCCCAGAAAAGUCGGACCCUGAAGCGCCCCACGGUCCUUGAGCCCACCCCUAUGGAGGCCUCCUCCUCCACCUCUUCCACAAGAGAAGGACAGCAGUCGUGGCAACAAGGGGCCGUGGCCACCUUACCUCAGCGAGAGGGUGCAGAGCUGGGACAGGCAGCUAAAAUGAGCAGCUCCCAAGAGUCACUGCUGGACUCCCGGGGCCAUUUGAAAGGAAACAAUCCCUACGCAAAAUCUUACACCUUGGUAUAA